AGAGGUCACUUUGGUCUGGAGGAUCUUUUCUCCUGAUAUUUUCUUCUUGUGCUGGUAUCUCUUACCUUAAAAUAUUGAUAUUAUUCUUACACUUUUAUGGGAACCAAAUUAAAAGUGAUUCAUGUCUAUUUUUUCUCGAAAUGGAAAUGCUAACUUAUAAAACCCAUGCUCUUUGUAAAAAUUCAACCUGUACCGAAGUACAUAAAAAACAAAAAUGAAAGUCAUUCUGACUCCCACUCCCCAGAGAUAAUCACUGUUAACAGUCGAUUCCUUGUUUAAAAUGAGAGAAGGCAACAUUUGGUCAUACUCUGCUGCUGUGUGUGCCUCACCCUGGCUAGGGACGGCUGUGAUGAUUCAUGGGCUCAUGUUCUCUGUUCGCUACUCAGGUUGGUGAGAAUUGGCCAGGUAGAGGAAAAGGGAAGGUUUUGCAUUGGACUGAUUUAAAAUUCUAUGAUUAAGUAACAGAUGUGAGUGUUUAAAUAUAACAGGGCUGCUAUUUUAGUUUUGUCCUUAUGAAGUACUUACUGUAGCUUGGCAGGCUAGUUCUCACACUUUUAAUGUUAAUGUUGGUGUCAAGCCUCUGAGGGGUUGAUUUAUAUUUGCCAAACUCAUUAGAACAAAACAAAACCCUCACAUUCGUAAAGAGUUUCAUAAUUUAUGGUUGGGAAGGCGGGGGUAUACUUGCGAUUGAGACCACUGCCAAGAUAUCCCUGUGGUGAUGUGGGAUGAGAGGUCCUUCUUGAUCUAUAUCCAGAGGUAGCCUGCCAAACAUAAAGGAAAGGAAAUUACAGGAAAGAAGGGGAUUAAUGACUGUGGUUUUCAGAUGUGGCCUAGAAGAAGAUGGUACAUAUUUCAGAUGGAUUUCUAGGUAUAUUUGUAUUGUGGCAUAUAUAGUCAUCUGUAUAAGAAGUCUUAGUCAAAGUACAGAAUCACUUAUUCCUUAGCCUGGUAUAUUCAAGAAGAAUAAGCUGUGAAAUAGUUGAUGAUCAUCUGAAAACAAGUCCCCAAAAUAGUACCUAGAAGUUGAAUCACAGUAUUGGUUGUUUGAGAGUGUUGGGGACAAAUCAUUUUCAAAAUAAAAUUGGAAACUUAGAGAAUUAAAUUGCCAGCCAGAUUUUCUGUUCGUCGUGUGUGUGAGAUGGCACGUGAUCCUUUUUAGAGAUAACUGAAGAGCGCCAUCCUGGCUUUAAAUCUUUUGUAUUAGGGGAGGGCUUGCUCUGAUGGGCAGUGGGAGUCAGCAGAUGGACAAGGAGUUGGGGAGGGCAGGACAUUCUGCCUGCAGUUUGGAGUUUUAUGAGGAUGGGGUGACUCUGGGAGGCUUAGAAUGUCCAAAGGGACUCUUCAGUUAAUAGUCAUUGCCAGAAAGAGUGUUUUCUGGUUUACAGAAACUGAAACUUAGGACUCUGAAUCAAAAGAGUCAGUUUGAGUCCCAUCUUUUAAGAUGAGCACUUGAGUAUCAACCACUGAACCUGUUUCCUCAUUCACAAAAUGAGGAUAAUAAAAAUACCUACCUCAGGGUUGUAAGAAUCAGUUGUACAAUAUAUGGGAAAUCACUUUGUAGGUUUUUGACUACUAUAUAAAAGUUGCCAUAAUUGAAAUAAUGCAAAAAAUUGAUAAGCAAAAUAAAACUUGCCUUCUUCAACACUAUUCAUUCAAAAACUGAUCAAAUAUCAACUAAAUGUCAGGCAACUGUUAGAGGUUCAGGGGAUACAGUGAUGACUAAGACAAUGUCCUGAUCUCAGGGAGCUUACAGCAAAGCAGGGGAACCGUGUCAUUAUAAUCCCUGUUGUGUGGCGAUAGGUAGAGCAUCCCAGUUUGGAUGAUACGUUAUUUGUCACUCUGUAGUUGUAAGUAUUGCCUGUUUUGGCAGCACAGAAGAGGGACAUCUACCUUACCAUGGAAUCAGAAAGAGAGUGAGCUGUACGUUGAAGAGGCUCUAGGCAAAGGAAAUACCACGUAUGAAAGCAUGAAGUUUUUGCUGUUAGUUGCUUUGGGGUGAGGGGAAAUCUUAAAUAGAUUUGACUUAAAAAUGGAGUUAAAGUUCUUCGAAUGAACAUACUUUUUUAAAAAAUUUAAUUUAUGUAUUUAGUUUAUUUAUUGGCUGCACUGGGUCUUCAUUGCUGCGCGCGGGCUUUCUGUAGUUGCGGAGAGCAGGGGCUACUUUUCAUGGCAGUGUGCAGGCUUCUUAGUGCGGUGGCUUCUCUUGUUGUGGAGCACGGGCUCUAGGCGCGUGGGCUUCGGUAGUUGUGGCGCAUGGGCUUCAUUGCUCCAUGGCAUGUGGGAUCUUCCCGGACCAGGGAUCGAACCCACGUCCCCUGCAUUGGCAGACGGAUUCUUAACCACUGCACCACCAGGGAAGCCCUGAACAUACUUUCUAUGAUAACUCUUUUUAUUGGUUUCAUUAACUUAAUUAGAUGAGUGAAGUUUUCAGGAUUUUGGUUAGAAUUAAAAAUGUAACACUUGGAACUAUACAGUUGGAAACAAUACAAUUAAAAAAUACUAUGUGUGGACUUGCUGAAAGAAGGAAACUGGGUAGUCCCUCCCAUCAUCUUAGAGCUGCCUCACCAGUUUUCACCCAGCAACAUUUACUGAGUACACACUGUGUUGCAAGAAUUGAAUAAGCCAAAGUCCUGGCCUUCAAGUUGCUCAUAGUCUAGUGGGGAGACCAGCAUAUACAUAAUUGUGGUAGCUGGUUCUUAUUUAGCACUUGCUCCCUGACACACUGUCUUAACAGUAACUCUAAACACUAGGAAGGAUUACCAUCCCCAUUCUCAGAUGAGAAAACUGAGGCACAAAUUAGAUGCAACUUUGCUCAAGUUCACACACCUAAUAAGUGGCAGAGCCAGAAUUUGAACCCAGGCAGUCUGGUUAGUCCGUGCUUUAACAUCUACUUUAUGUUGCUGUUCUGAUGAUUAAAAAAUAGUGUAGUAACUGCAAAGUAAGGAAAUAAUACACAGAGUAAUAUCAAAACCUAAAACAGUGGGAGAGGGGGGUCUUACAGAAGGCUUUUUGGAGGAGGUGGUAAACUGAUUCUUGAAAGAUAUGUGGCCAGUUCAGACAGAAGAACCAAUCAGCAUGAAUAAAAAUGGAGGUCUCUAAUUAAUAGAAGAUGGCAAAGCCCAGCCACAGCAGCUACGUCCUUCAGCAGCUAAACAACCAAAGGGAAUGGGGUUUUCUCUGUGACUGUUGUAUUGCAAUUGAUGACAUUUACUUUCAAGCGCACAAAGCAGUCCUAGCUGCCUGUAGCUCCUAUUUUAGAAUGUUUUUCAUGAAUCAUCAGCAGAGUACUGCACAACUGAAUCUCAGCAACAUGAAAAUUAGUGCUGAGUGUUUUGAUCUCAUUUUGCAGUUUAUGUAUUUAGGAAAAAUUAUGACAGCUCCUUCCAGUUUUGAGCAGUUUAAAGUGGCAAUGAACUACCUACAGCUGUAUAAUGUUCCUGACUGUUUAGAAGACAUACAGGAUGCAGACUGUUCUAGUUCAAAAUGUUCAUCUUCUGCUUCUAGCAACCAGAACAGCAAAAUGAUAUUUGGGGUAAGAAUGUAUGAAGACACUGUGGCUAGAAAUGGCAGUGAAGCCAGUAGGUGGUGUGCAGAGCCAAGUUCAACAGUAAAUACACCACAUAAUAGAGAACCUGAUGAAGAGUCUUUGCAAUUAGGUAAUUUUCCUGAACCAUUAUUUGAUGUAUGUAAAAAGAGUUCUGUGUCCAAAUUAUCUACUCCGAAAGAACGUGUGUCACGACGCUUUGGACGGAGUUUUACCUGUGAUAGUUGUGGAUUUGGCUUUAGCUGUGAGAAAUUACUGGAUGAGCAUGUGUUAACCUGUACUAACAGACAUUCAUACCAAAACACAAGAUCCUAUCACAGAAUAGUGGAUAUUAGAGAUGGAAAAGACAGUAAUAUCAAAGCUGAAUUUGGUGAAAAGGAUUCGUCUAAAACGUUUUCUGCACAGACAGACAAAUACAGAGGAGACACAAGCCAGGCUGCUGAUGACUCAACUUCAACCACUGGAAGCAGAAAAAGUAGCACAGUGGAGUCUGAACUAGCCAGUGAAGAAAAGAGCAGAGCUGCUGAGAGGAAAAGAAUCAUUAUCAAGAUGGAACCAGAAGAUAUUCCUACAGAUGAACUGAAAGACUUUAACAUUAUUAAAGUUACCGAUAAAGACUGUAACGAGUCCACUGACAAUGAUGAAUUAGAAGAUGAACCCGAAGAGCCAUUUUAUAGAUACUACGUUGAAGAAGACGUCAGUAUUAAAAAAAGUGGGAGGAAAACGCUGAAACCUAGGAUGUCAAUAAACGCUGAUGAAAGAGGUGGUUUAGAAAAUAUGAGGCCCCCGAGCAACAGCAGUCCAGUGCAAGAGGAUACUGAAAACGCAUCUUGUGAGCUUUGUGGGCUCACGAUAACGGAGGAGGACCUAUCAUCUCAUUACUUAGCCAAACACAUCGAAAAUAUCUGUGCAUGUGGCAAAUGUGGACAAAUACUUGUGAAGGGUAGACAGCUUCAGGAACAUGCCCAGAGGUGUGGAGAGCCCCAAGAUCUGACGAUGAACGGGUUAGGAAAUACUGAGGAGAAGAUGGACAUGGAAGAGAAUCCUGAUGAACAGUCCGAAAUCAGGGAUAUGUUUGUUGAAAUGUUGGAUGAUUUUAGGGACAGUCAUUUCCAGAUAAACAGUAUCCAAAAAAAGCAGUUAUUUAAACAUUCUGCCUGUCCUUUUCGAUGUCCUAGUUGUGGCCAGCGUUUUGAAACUGAAAAUCUAGUGGUUGAACAUAUGUCUAGCUGCCUAGACCAAGACAUGUUUAAGAAUGCCAUCAUGGAAGAGAAUGAAAGGGAUCACAGACGAAAGCAUUUUUGUAAUCUGUGUGGGAAAGGAUUUUAUCAGCGGUGUCAUUUAAGAGAACACUAUACGGUUCAUACCAAGGAGAAACAGUUUGUCUGUCAGACAUGUGGAAAGCAGUUUUUAAGAGAACGUCAGUUGCGACUCCACAAUGAUAUGCACAAAGGCAUGGCCAGGUAUGUCUGUUCCAUUUGUGAUCAAGGCAACUUCAGAAAACAUGACCAUGUACGGCAUAUGAUUUCUCAUUUAUCUGCUGGUGAGACUAUAUGCCAGGUCUGCUUUCAGAUAUUCCCAAAUAAUGAACAGUUGGAACAGCACAUGGAUGUUCAUCUGUAUACAUGUGGAAUAUGUGGAGCAAAAUUUAAUUUGAGGAAGGAUAUGAGAUCACAUUAUAAUGCCAAGCAUUUGAAAAGAACAUAAGUGAUUUUCUACUGUAUAAUGUUUAGCUGAUAGGAGACAAAACACCAAAGCAAAGGAUAUGAGCUAUUUAGAAAAUGAUUUUAUAAGAUGAAUUGUUGAAAAAAACUUUAAGGCCCUUUUACCUUUAAUAUUUUUGUUUAGGAUCUUAAGUAUCUACAUUUUAGGUGUUAUUAAAUGUUUAUAAUUUUUGUUAUUUCUUAAUAGAAUUCUUUAUUUUUAGUUUGUUUUAGCUAUGAUUAAAAUUACUUUUAAACUGUAGACUACAAGUGGUUGUUACCCCUUCAGUGACUAUUAAAGUUUAGUUUUUUUAUCAAUAAGGUGAUGACUUCACAAUUUUUAUGUGUUUUUUUUGUUGUUGGUGGUUUUUUUUUAAAGAUUACCCUGUGAAAUUUUAAACCCAACAUCAUUGGCCAUUCCUGUUUAAAUUAAAAAAAAAUUUUUUUAAGUAAUUAGUUAUUUGAAACUAACCCAUUCACUUUGGUUUUUUUGUUUGUUUUUUUAUAAGUUUAACAGUGAUUUAGCCACUGUUUAUUUCCCGAUCUUAUCAAUGAAAUUUGUGUUCUUAAGUUGACAACUUAAUAGGCAGGUUAGGUGCACUGAAUCUAACCUUGAAGAUUGACAUGGGCUCAAACUUGGCCUAAAAAGAUUGAUGGACCUAAGGAAAUUCCUAUAAAUGAAUAUUUCCUAUAACUGAUAAAAUAUUAUCAUUUAAUAAUCACAUUUAAAACUUAUAUUAAGUGUAAAACCCAAUGACUUUACCCUACUUGAGAAAUUAGUGGGGACAAGUCAUUUUGUUUUGUGAUAUUAAAUUUAACUAUGAUAGUUAAUUAAAAUGGCAUAUCUUGUAUUCAUUUAAAAUAAUUUAAAAUAUUCUGAUUUCUAAAGUGUGUUAGUUUAUUAUUUUGUUUAUAAAUAGACUUUAAUAGCUUUCUAGGAAUAUGACAUCUAAAGGAAAUGAUUUUUCACCUUUAAAAUGACAUACUUUUGGAACUUUGAGAUUUGAGAAAGCUGCCAUGUAUAUUGACAAAUCUAAUAAAAUAAAGAAAUC